CAUGUUCUAUUUAAAGGCUGCAGGUUGCCUUGUCCUUGGCGAAACAAUCUAGCGAACACGGCAAACAUAUACUUCAUGGCGUCAAGAGGUGCAACCACUCCAGGGAAGCCGUCCAGCUUUGAGCCCUCAGUCUGGGGUGACUUCUUCAUCAACUAUGAGCCACAACCACUGCAGAGUUGUGAGGAAUGGAUGAGAGUGAGGGUCAUAAAGUUGAAGGAGGAGGUAUGCAUGCUCUUUAAGGGUUGCAACCGGGCGGUGCGGAAAAUGAUGUUAGUGGAUGUACUCCAACAUCUUGGACUAGAUCACCACUUUGAAGAACAGAUCAACACAGCAUUAAGCGAAAUCCUCGAGAGUGAAUUUAGCAGCUACAAUCUCCACGAUGUUGCUCUUAGGUUUCGCCUGCUUAGGGAGCAUGGAUGUUGGAUAUCUCCAGAUGUUUUUGACAAAUUCAAGGAUGAAAAUGGAAGCCUUAGAGAGGAUAUUACUAAAGAACCAAGAGGACUAUUAAGUUUAUACAACGCGGCUCAUCUUCUGGUACAUGGUGAGACAUCAUUGGAAGAAGCUAUCGCUUUUGCAAGGCAUCAUCUUAAAUCAAUGAGGGGUAGUCUCAAGUCCCCGUUAGCGAAGCAAGUCAAACGUGCUCUGCACCUUCCACUGCCAAGGACAUACAGGAGGGUAGAAACAGUGCAUUUUAUCUCCGAAUACAAAGAAGAUGAAGGGCAUAACCCAAUUCUACUAGAGCUUGCUAAGCUUGAUUUCAACCUUCACCAACAUCUCCACUUGAAGGAACUCAAGUCUAUGACAAAGUGGUGGAAGGAACUUUCUGAAUUCAUCGGGCUUAGUUAUGUUCGAGAUCGUGUGGUGGAGAACUACCUUUGGUCCUUUGUGGUGCACUACGAGGAGCAUUUUGGGCUUGCACGAGUUAUCUCUGCCAAAAUUAAUGUACUACUUACCAUCAUGGAUGACACACAUGAUGACCAUGCGACCAUAGAGGAAUGCCAAAUGCUACAUGAAGCCGCACAAAGGUUGGAUUUUCCUAUUCUGAUUCCUAGAUGGGCUAAUGCCCAAUUAUCGAUGAAAGUGUUGAACUCUCUUGCACUACUAAGUAUUUGCAGUGGUCUAACUCGCUUCUCUGGCUUAUUUGCAUGCAUUGCAAUUUACCAUGUACAUAGAUGGGAUGGGAGUGCUAUUUCUCUUCUACCAGAGUACCUGAAAAGGUUCUAUAAAGAAUUGUUGGGGAACAUUAAGGAGAUUGGCGAUGAAAUGGCAACCAGUGGCAACUACAAAAUCGCCUACAUCAAGAAGCAGUUCCAAAAUCAAUUCAGUUACUAUCUUCAAGAAGCCCAAUGGACACACAAGUGUCACAAACCAAGCUUUGACGAGCAGGUGAAUCUGGGUGUCAUGACCAUAUGUGUUCCAACAGUAUCUGUGUGUGGCAUGGCUGCCAUGGGCGAUGCAAUGCCAAAGGAGGCGCUGGACUGGGUAGUUGGUCUCCCUGAUGCCAUCAUAGCAAGUGGGAAGAUUGCCCGCUUCAUGAAUGACAUUGCUGCCUUUAAUCGUGUAAAGAGCAAGGGGGGCGCGGCGAGCUCCGUGGAGUGUUACAUGGCAGAGCAUGGGGUCACAAGGGAGGUUGCCAUUGCAAAGAUCGGGUCACUAAUUGAAGAUGGUUGGAAAAGUCUGAACCAAGCACGUUUUGGAGAUCGAGCGUUGCUCCCAGCGGUGCAGAGGGUUAUCAACCUUGCUCUAAGCUUCCCUCUAUAUUAUGGCGGGGGAAACGAUGCAUUCACAUUCAGCACACGUCUUCGUGAAACUAUUGAGAUCCUCUUUGUGAAUCCAAUUCCUAUGUAAUUUAGGGAUUUGAUACACUGUAGCAAAUAAACUUGUACAUACACCAAAAUUUUAUUUGCUUCAUUUUUUAGAUAAAUAUUGUUAUUUGCUUAAGAAAA